AUGUCGAAGCUAUUCACAUCUCUUCAGAUAGCCGAUGUUACCCUGGCACAUCGCGUGGUCAUGGCCCCGAUGACCCGCUUCCGCACCGACGAGAAUCAUGUCCAGUCUUCUAUGGCUGUUGAAUACUAUGCUCAGCGGGCCUCUGUUCGCGGAACUCUUCUCAUCACAGAAGCUACUUUGAUCUCACCUAGCCACGGCGGUUUCCCGGACUCACCAGGGUUGUGGAACGACGCCCAAGUAGAGGGAUGGAAGAAAAUUGUAGAUGCAGUGCAUGCUCGAGGUUCUUAUAUCUUCGCCCAGUUGAUUGCAACGGGUCGCGCCGCAGAUCAAGCCUCGAUAAGGAAGGAGGCUGGUCAUUGUACUUUGUCGGCCAGCCCGAUCCCGCUGACGGAUAAUGCAUGCAUCCCGAUCCCAAUGUCGGAGCACCAGAUUGAGGCUGCUACGGCUGACUUCGUCAAGGCGGCGCAAAAUGCUAUACGAGCAGGUUUUGACGGUGUCGAGCUUCAUGGCGCCAACGGCUAUCUUCUGGACCAAUUUUUACAGGACACAUGCAAUCAGAGAGAGGAUCGAUGGGGUGGAAGUAUCGAGAACCGAGCUCGAUUUCCCGUCCAGGUCGCCGCUGCAGUUGCCCAAGCAGUCGGGGCCCAAAAAGUCGGCUACCGAAUCAGUCCGUGGAGUACCUUUCAAGGCAUGCGAAUGGCUCAUCCUAUUCCUCAGUUCUCGUAUCUCAUUGAAAAAUUGCGAGAGUUGAAGUUAGGAUAUCUUCACGUAAUCGAAUCGCGAGUCGUCAACAACGUCGAUAUUGAAAAGACAGAAGGGAUUGAGUUCGCGCUCGAGAUAUGGGGACAAACCUCUCCAGUCCUGGUGGCUGGUGGAUUUUCUCCAGCAUCUGCGAAACACGCGGUUGAUGUAGAGUACUGGAACAACGAUGUCGCCGUUGUUCUGGGUAGACAUUUUCUCGCUAAUCCUGACCUUCCCUUCCGCAUCAAGCACAACAUGAAUCUUAACAAGUACGACCGACCAAGCUUUUACACACCCAAAGUCAGUCGCGGCUACGUUGACUACCCUUUCAGUCCUGAAUUCCUCGCGGGGGACAGCCAGAUGCAUCUGUAA